AUGAGCAACAACACCAGCUCCCAUAACCAGCCCCUGGUCCUGGCUGCGGCGAAUGGAAGUUUCCCAACUUCCUUUUGCACCUGGCUCGCACAAGAGGCUGUCUUCCACGGAACGAGCGCCCUGUUUGAAUGGCUUGACAAGACUGGGACAGGAAAGCGCUUCAAGAUCCGCGCGGUGGACCGGAAGCCAUACGCACAUUACAUGCGCCAUGUUCUGUUCAACCAGUUUUUCAUUCUCCUGCCUAGCAUGCUCGCUGCCGAGUACUGGGGCUUGUGCUUCACGGGCCCGGCGAUCAAAGCUCACCACUGGGCACAACUACUGGUGUCUCUAGUGGGCAUGGCUAUCGGUCAUGAUAUUGUCCAGUACAUAACGCACAGGUUCCUGCUGCACCAACCGAACGUGUUCCUCAUGCGGGCCCUGAGACAUUCCGUCCACCACUCCACCGGGGCUACUAAAGCAAUCAGCGCGUGCUACAUGUCUGCGCCGGACUUCUUCCUUGAGAUUGUUCUACCGUAUCUAGUUCCCCUUGCUUUAGUUGGAGGUGGAGGGUCCAGCACUGCGUUUCAUUCUUUGGUCGCCGGCCUCGGGGCCAUCGGCGGUUUAUAUGAGCAUUCAGGAUACGACCUAUCCGUUAAUCUAAGGGCCAGUGGGGAGGCUGGCCGCGAUGGCUCCGAGCAGUCCUCACUCUCCACAAUCGCGAGCAAGUUAUUGGACAAUCGAUCCCACGCCCAGCAUCACGUGCGAGGCAAUGUUUCGUUCUCGGAUGGGUUUGGAAGCCCUGGCAUAAGUGACACCAUAUUCAGAACUCGUUGGGAUCUGGCGGCCAAGCGCCGGGUUGAGGAUGCUGAAAAGGAGUGGCAACGACAGCGAGCUGGGUUGUCCUAG